AUGAAAAGCAAACACUUGAAUCUUUUGGUCGGCAUGAUGGCCGUUUUCGAGCGGGCAUCAGCGUCGUUAAAUGCUCGAGACGAAUCCACUUACUGCCCUCCCGAUGAGUACAUCGCAGACAAUGACCUACAAUUCAGCACAUACUGCAGCCUCAAUCUCCUUGCCCCAGAACUCGGUAACCAGCCUGGAUCAAGCAUCACAGAAUGCAUGGAUAUGUGUUCUAAUUACCAUCCUGCCUGUAUGGGAGUAACGCAUUACUUUCAAAAUCAGACGUGCUCAUUCAAAGGCUUUGAUGUUAAUACCACUUCUUUGAGUAUCACGGAUACCGAUAACGUCCACAGCGCGCUCACAAACAAGACAGAGAUGCUAGCAAUAAAAGCGGAUUGUCCGUACGAAAACAACACCAACGCCAUGAUCUCAGGCUUUUCUUUUCAAAUCCUCUGUGAUCAAGAUAUGAGGGAUUAUGGCGACUUUUUACCCUGGGGACAAACGUAUGGGAAUCACGCAUCGACAAUGGGCGAAUGUAUGCAACUCUGUUUAGAUGUGCAUCCACUCUGUGUCGGAGUCUCAUGGAAUCCUGAUAAGAAAGCGGGAUGGAGCAACUGCUAUCUAAAAAAUUCUCAAGAUGGGGUUCCUGUCGUUGCUAAUACUAGACCGGUAUCCCAUUCCGGGCUGCUGGUUAGUCUACCGCCUGUCGACACGUGCUCUGGACCAGGGCAGAUUGUCAACAACAACCAAACAUUCAAUACAACGUGUUUAGAAGGUCGAGUUGGAAGCAGCAAUUUUACGUCGUUUUAUAGCCCGAAGUUGAAAAACUGCGUUGGCCAAUGUGCAACCAACGAUUCGUGUGUUGGUGUUCUCUACGACAACUCGUUUCACGAGGGGAUUAAGAAUUGUUAUUUCUUGAAUGCGACCGGUUCUGCGUCGACCCCACAGAAUUUUACAUAUGCAGAGCUUGUCUCUAGCGAUACUUCGGCCUCAGGUGCCUCGCCAUCUACAUCUGCAGGGGCAACACCAACUCAAAGCAGCGACGGCAGCAGUGAUAGCAGUGGUAGCAGUGGUAGCAGUGGCAACUCAGGAAGUUCAUCCAGCAAAGCUUGGAUUGCCGGUCCCGUAAUAGGUGCUAUAGCAGCUGUGGCGAUUGUUGUGGCCGGAUGGUUCUGGUGGAGACGAAGAGGAGGAGGAGGAGGAGGAGGAGGAAGAACAAUUGCACAAGAACCGGAAAAGCAAUUCAAGGCUGUCGAGGUAGCCUCACAUUCGCCCCCACAGCCGCAAUCGCACCCGCAGGAGCUACCUAAUCAUUAUCAGAUAUCCGAAGCGGAGGGGUCGGUCAUAACGCCCAGGCAUGAAUUGGAAAGCUGA